CAAAAGCAGAUGUCAGUUUUUUUUGUUUUUUUUUUAAUUAAUAAUUUGAGACUAAACUUCUUAAAGGUAGAAGAUUGUAAAUUAUUACUCAUUAAGAAAUUUUAUAUUUUAAACUGAGAAAAAUAAAAAAGACUUCAUCAAACGAAUGCAAUGUUUUGGGGAAAAGUGCUGAGAUGAAAGCUCAACUUAGAAGAGAAACGUUAGAAGAUAUGCUGGGUGAAAGAGUCGAUGAGUAUGAGAACUACUGCGCAACUUCCAAUACUAAACAACACCGUAAAAGAGUUCCGUUGUGGAAGUUUUUGUUACAUCUUUUAAAUCGAGACAUAACUUCAAGAUAUGUAUAUUGGAAUAAAGAAUACCCUUUAGAGUUUUGUAUAACCGAUACCAAUGGAGUUGCUGAUUUGUGGGGUUCAGUAAAAAAUAAAUCGGAUAUGACUUACGAAAAAUUUAGUCGAGCAUUGCGUUACUACUAUGGAAAAAAAAUUAUUGAAAAGGUACACGGUCGAAGGUACUCAUACCGAUUUAUUUUGUCAUGGAGAACAAGAAAGUACAUUUCACAGUUUUUUAAUAUAAACGAUGUUAAAGAAGAAGAAAAUGUAAACUUUAACGAAUGUAACCACUUACAAUCUAAACUUCGAUCAUCUUUUGAAGUAUUAUCUAAAGAACCUCGAUCAUCUUUAGGCCUCAAUCAUCUUUUACUACCAAAAGAGAAUGAAAAAAGCAAUCUGGAAAAACCAUUUUUAAUUCAUAAGACAGUUGGUGAAAUAACUGCAGAGUUUAUAAGUAGCCAAAAAACCAGUCAUUAUUUGUAUAGUUCAUCUCAAGAUUUUUUGCACCCCACAACAAUAGAUAUGUCUGAUAGUGGAAAAAUUAGAUUAAUUUCUGACAGUAAUCCAAACAAUUCUAAACUAGAAGAACCAUUAAGUAUGUUGCCUUCAAAUUUUUUUGCAUUAACAACGCUUGAAAACGUAGAAAAUAAUUACAAUUUGCAAAAUACUGACAAAUCUAUUUACGUAACUUAUGAGGGAGAUAAAUUCAAAAAUGUGAUUAAGUUUUCCGAUCAAACUCAUGGAGAAACUAUUGAAACAGAUUUUUUAGCUACAAGUUAUAAAUGUAGAAAAGAUCCAUUUAUGGGAUCAAAUUCAACUUACAGUUGUGAUGAUAAAAAUGAAUUUGAAAACCAGACAUCUUUAAAUGAUCUAUUUGAGAACUAAUGUUUUUCUAUGCAUAUUUUUACAAAAUAUUUAUCAUAAUUACAAAAUAGUUUCAAUGGUAUUUUUAAAUACAUAUAAACAUUUUUUAAUUAAAAAUAAAACUUAAU